UCCUUUAGUUCUUUCAUUCGCUGAUUCGUCGCCUUACAGGCCGACCACCAAUCAAUUCCUGCUCAAAUGUAAAUGUUGACUUGGCCCGAAUAUAUCACGGUACCUGAACGCUGUAAGUCUUUGUAAGACGCUCUCACUUCAUCCUUGGAAGGAAAUCCAUAUUUGUUUGCAUGCUGGUCUAGCGGCAUAGGCGGACGCCCGACCGCUCGUCCUUCCGCCACCCUCCGCUCAGUUCCCAUAGGAUGCGUUCAAGCUUGUUUUGCUUGGUGCUUACCCACCGUCUGCGGGUCGGUAUCGCGCAUUGAGUUCUGCUGCUUCUCUGCUAUGGACUUUCCUAGUGCUGAUAGUGGCUAGCGACCGCAGACACCAGGUAGCACUGCUUUCAUUCAGCAUAAACAAAUGACGAAAAAUCGUAACGCCCGUAAAAAUAGCAAACGUAAAACUUCACCAUGUAAUCCAAAAGGUGACGAGCAACUAUUGAGGUUUGCAUUGAGCAGUGGACAAUCAAUAGAAAUUCGAUCGUCGGAAAAGUUACAAGCGACUCGGUUAUGCGGUGAAAGCCCGGACCAUCCAGAUUUCACCCUCUGUGACCUAAUUUUCGAUGCAACCUCUUCACGGAUUUGCCUACCCAGAGAACUCUGGGACAAUGAGCUGGUCGAGUCGGUUUCGUCUUCAUUGCUGCAUCUGCUAUUUGGUGUCCAAGAUGCGACAUCGGACGCCAGCGAACGAAACCCGCCGACGCCGCGUGAAGCUUUGCAUGCUGUUCCCUGGCUAAUUAGCGGGAGGCACGCCAUACUUCUACCUGAAGAUGGUAGACCUUGCCUUGUAGCAGAUCUGAGCACCGAUGGAGAUCAUAGUGAUCAUAACGGGGCGCUGUCGCUCCAAGAAGCCGUUCCACUGAAAAAAUGCCGCCUUCCACGUUUCGCGGUCCAUCAGACGAUGGCGACCCUCACGUUGGUUUUCUAUGUUCAGAACUUUGAUAGAAACUCUCUAGCCGUUACAUUUUGCAAUUGCAACUCGUUGUUACGUAUCGAGUUUUGCUUAGACAGUGAGUUCCACACGACAUACCGUGUUGUUCUCGGCCAUCCGUCGCUUGAAAACGCACUCAUGUUUCCGCAGAGCGUCCGGGCUGAGGUGCACCGUGAUUCUGCGUUCAUUCUGUAUAUAGACAAGGCUGAAGGCGAGCAUGUGCUGUGGACGGAAAUGCUGGUAGGGGCUGGCGGCACAUCGACCCUUAACCACUACUCUCUUGUCGAUGAUAACGUUGAUGAUAAGAUUUGUGAUACAUGCACAACACACCCUGCUCGAAGUAUGAGUGAAGGAAGCAGUGGCGAUUCGGAAAUAGCGAGGCCUACGUUAGAAAGGCGAUUUAGCGCACCCUGUGAACCUCUAUCCCUAUGUCCUCCAUCUCCAGAUCGAGUCUUGGGUAGGGGAAUUCUCAAAAACCGUCGAUUAUGCUCGCGAACGCUAAGCGAAUGUUCAAGGUCACUAGAAUUCAGCUCAUGGGAUAUUUCUGAAAGUCUACGAAGUUCGUCGACCUCGACAAUGCACAUCGAUGACGUUAAAAGAGUCACAUUCAAUAACAAGGUUCUAGAGACCAAGUAUAGACCUGAAGGAAUAUCAAUAAAACGACGAACUCAGCGCACCAGAUCGCUAUCAGAUUCAUCGGAUCCGGACGAGUCAGAAGAGACCGAUUCUAUCUGUGGUGAUCUCAGGGAGGGCCUAACCUUGAGAACAUCGGUGAUUGCUCAGUCCAAGGAACGUGGACAUGCUCUACACGUAAAGGAAGACCAGUUUCUCCUUGAGAUGGACGACAAAUAGCUCUGCUUAUCAAGGCCAAUCUGCAGUUAAAAAAAAACACAAGAUGCCCUUAGAAACCACCUGAUGGACAAUGGGCCCAUGGUGUUUGCAAUGGGACGAUCUCUACAGGACCAACAAGGGCCGCGUGCUCUCCGGGAAUUCUCACUUAUAUAUGUGGCCCGACCUGUGGCCCGCCAUAUACAGAAUUAAAUUUUUUCUACAAUAUAGCGUUAAUAUAUUCGGGUGUGAGAAACCCUUUUUACGAAAUAUAUGUUGGUGUUCAUUGAAUCUUCAGGCUAGGCAGGAACUGAAGGUAUAUGCUUUUAAAGAGUUUGUUGUUUCGUAUUGCUUUAAGCAGCGAUCUAUCAGAGAGCCCUAAUAGAUUUCUCCGGGAACAUAAGGGAUAUAAUGAAUAUAUGAUAGCAGCCUUACGUGCCCUGUAUGGAAUCAUAGGGCACUAUACAGAUCGGCUUAAGCUCGAGCCGCGGCUCAAAGCUGCGCUCUUUAUUUUAAUAAUCAUUUAAUCGGAAUCAUAUUUUCGCCAUAGAGAGCUUCCCCAUUUGUCAAAAAGUCUAUCCCGUGGCGAGUGAUAAUGAACAUAUUAAAAUUCUAUAAUAGGAAAACAGAUAUUACUUAAGAGGUAACAGAAAAGAAUGUCGACCCAUUAAUUAAAUGAAAAUGGUAUCGUCACACACCUACAUACAACUGAACAUAAUGGGUCCGAUUAUAUACAAACCGAUAUAAGAUACAGUAUACAGAUAUUGUACAAUCACCUUCAGUACAAAGUAUGCGACGUCCAGCGUAAAAACCUGGGUCGAGAAUGAACGCCCGUUCGUAAUAAGUGAUUCGAUAUUACUAUUGUUUAGAUGAUUGCUUUAUUGCUUUUAUUGCUUUUUUAUUUAUCAUUAUUGCUACUUAAGACUUUCAUAUACACUUAGGAUAAGUUUACACUCGACGCACCAGCGGGUAUUAUGUGUUUAUUAAAUAUGUUUAGUUUGACCGGAUAAAUUUGCCUAUUUAUUAUUAUUAUUAUACUUGCAUCCAUGCUUUUUUCAUCAUGAGUUCUUCAGAUGUGAAACGUCUACAAGUUCAUAGAUUAGUUAGUUAUUCCAGUAAAUUGAAUACUGUUUGUCUGAUACAACUUAACCGUAAAUAUUCUAUUUAUAAAAACUAAUCUGACCGAACUUCUAAGCAGUAACUCUAACGAAACGUUUGACGAGGCUGUUCGCGAUAGAGAAUCGUAAAUGAGAUAGUUUAAAAGUUACGAGCUACUCUUCCCUCUUAGGCAGUCCCUUCAGUUACGAGAAGACUAUAGCAAAAAUCCAAAUGUAGUUCAAAUACUGUAGCAUUACACAGUUGUAUACUAUAUAUUUCCGAGUAUUUUUCUCUAUUUACAUCAAGUGUCUGGAGUGUUACGCUAUGAUCAAGGAUCCCACACUACCUGUCAACAUGAUGUCGUACAAUCUAUAGCUAAAGUACUUGUAUGUAUGUUAAUGGGCUCGAUUUCGACAUUUUUCGUCUGAACAGCGUCAGCUCCGGUGGUGUUAUGGCAAAGGAGCAAUCACUACGUGUUGAAUUCAUAGCUAAUCAGGGUUUUAGUUUGACAAAAGGCACCAGCUAGUUCAUACGUCUCUCAAUGAGACAGUGCGUUAUGAAAAUGAAUCGAUCGUUAUUGGGUUAAAGUAUGAGGUAACUUGAAACAAACUGCUACAGGUCGAAGCCCCUUAUUAGACUAAUAUCUGCCAUGCAUGUUGUGCAUGAUUCAGUGAUAUAUUAAUAAUUCAGAUUUUUAAUAGAUUUUUCACUGUCAUAAGCCAGUCGUGCUGCUUUAUAUU